CUAUCUAUGUACUUAAAGGCCCAUUUCCAGCUUGCAAGAAGCGAAAGUAAAUAGGAAUUUAUUGCAACCAAAAUACUCUGAAACUGGUUGAUUGUACAGUAAUUACGUUUUUUCAUUCUGAACACACAUGAUGUUUGUCGCGACAGAAUGCACCCAAACGUCUUUCAAAGACUUUACCCUGAUUAUGCCAGCAAUCUCUGUUGGAAAUGUGGGGCAGCUCGCAGUGGACCUGAUUGUUUCUACGCUCAACAUGUGUCGAGUCGGAUACAUCCACACUGACUGUCUCAUCCCUAUGGCAGGGAACAACCCUUAUGCUACAUUCGCUGAGAACGCCAACGACCUCAGUACCAAUGCAGAAGUGUACUCUUCUCCAGAGUUGAGGUUGGCAGUUCUUCAGAUCAGAACCCCAAUCAUCCAGACAAAGUCCAAGAAGUUCUGUAAGCUGAUGGUGUCUUGGAUCAAAGCCAGUGGUUUCUCCAGAACUGUACUGCUGUCCAGCAGUCAUGCUUACCAGAGGGAUGAUCAACAGCUACUGGGCUCUCCGCUGCGUUACCUGCAGACUCCAUCCAUGCAGAAGGUGACUGGGGACAGGCUGAAGGAGAUGGAGUGGCGGGAGAUGGAGAGGCGGGAGAUGGAGUGGCGGGAGAUGGAGACAGUAUCUGCCUUCCCUGGAGUUACUGACCCAGAGCAGCGCCUCUAUAUACCUGGAGGGGGCGCCACUAAAGGCCUCUUCACUGACAGCUGUGCUGAGGACAUUCCUAUGGCGGUGGUGCUGAUCUUCUGCUCUGAAGGAGACAACAUCCCAGACGCCUUCACUCUCCUCAACCACCUCAACACCUGGCUCCACCUAGUGGACGCACCUGCCCAGACGCAGCCAAAGUGGAGGAUACCAGCGUCAUGGAGGCUUCUCUUUGGCAGUGGCAUCCCCCCUGCUCUCUUCUAAAUCACCCAGUGGCAUCCCCCCUGCUCUCUUCUAAAUCACCCAGUGGCAUCACCCCUGCUCUCUUCUAAAUCACCCAGUGGCAUCACCCCUGCUCUCUUCUAAAUCACCCAGUGGCAUCACCCCUGCUCUCUUCUAAAUCACCCAGUGGCAUCCCCCCUGCUCUCUUCUAAAUCACCCAGUGGCAUCACCCCUGCUCUCUUCUAAAUCACCCAGUGGCAUCACCCCUGCUCUCUUCUAAAUCACCCAGUGGCAUCCCCCUGCUCUCUUCUAAAUCACCCAGUGGCAUCACCCCUGCUCUCUUCUAAAUCACCCAGUGGCAUCCCCCUGCUCUCUUCUAAAUCACCCAGUGGCAUCACCCCUGCUCUCUUCUAAAUCACCCAGUGGCAUCCCCCUGCUCUCUUCUAAAUCACCCAGUGGCAUCCCCCUGCUCUCUUCUAAAUCACCCAGUGGCAUCACCCCUGCUCUCUUCUAAAUCACCCAGUGGCAUCCCCCCUGCUCUCUUCUAAAUCACCCAGUGGCAUCACCCCUGCUCUCUUCUAAAUCACCCAGUGGCAUCCCCCUGCUCUCUUCUAAAUCACCCAGUUGCAUCACCCCUGCUCUCUUCUAAAUCACCCAGUGGCAUCCCCCUGCUCUCUUCUAAAUCACCCAGUGGCAUCACCCCUGCUCUCUUCUAAAUCACCCAGUGGCAUCCCCCCUGCUCUCUUCUAAAUCACCCAGUGGCAUCACCCCUGCUCUCUUCUAAAUCACCCAGUGGCAUCACCCCUGCUCUCUUCUAAAUCACCCAGUGGCAUCCCCCCUGCUCUCUUCUAAAUCACCCAGUGGCAUCCCCCCUGCUCUCUUCUAAAUCACCCAGUGGCAUCCCCCCUGCUCUCUUCUAAAUCACCCAGUGGCAUCACCCCUGCUCUCUUCUAAAUCACCCAGUGGCAUCACCCCUGCUCUCUUCUAAAUCACCCAGUGGCAUCCCCCACCCCCCUUCUAAAUCUCUGUGCCCCAUCCCCUCUCUCCAAAAUCAGAUUAUAGAUUGGUCUAAAUGCUUAGAAAAUUGAUUUCCAUCUUUGGUGUUAUGAGUCCAGGUUUACAGUCCUGAAGUGUGCCUGGUGGUUGUCAUUACCUACCCUGGUGAUGACUAAAUAUUUACUGUAUGGUUAUUAAAAGAAUUAAAUAAUC